AUGAUUUUUGUUGUUGUAAUUUUACAAUCAUUUUCAUCUGUAUAUGCAAAUAGUUGUUUAGAUUAUAUUACACCAAAAGCAAUAUUAAGAAGAAACUAUUAGGAUGUAAUGCAAACAACUAACGGAGGAAUAUUAAUAACUGCUCGAAAUAAUAUGUUUAUUGUACCAUAGGUUGAUAAUAGCCCUUUAAGAAAUUCAAUUUAUUUUCCAUAUCAUGGAUAAGUGGGACAUGUCGCUGUUCCCUUGCAUGGCAUUAUUACUCUUGAGUUUAUAUAAUCCUAUUUAAUAAACAGGAUUAGGUUUUGGAUGUACGAUUAUGAUUUAAGAGUCACCCACAUGCAAGUAUUUGCAGUUGACGAUGAUGGAAUUACAGAAACAUUAAUUUAUUAAGGUUCAGUUCCACCUGGUGUAAAGAUGGUUUAAUUUCCUGAAUUGUUAGUAAAAAAGUUAAAGUUUUACAAUAAAGAUGGAAAUACCUUAUACGAGCAUAUGUCCAUAAUAAAGGCAUAAGCGUAUUAUGCUAUCUGA